UUUGUGAUAUCUUUACCAACGCCCCUGGGAAGUGAUCAAAAUAUUACAACAUAACUUUGUAAAUUUUACAUAAGUUGCGAGGCUACAGCUGGUCCCUGUGCCUUUCUAGAGGAUAACAAGACGUUUUCGUUGAUCGUAGGGUAUACUUCUGUGUUAAAAACCCCAGAAGUCUUGAUAUUGUUGUUGUGACAGCAGUAUGCAGACCAUAAAGUGUGUUGUAGUUGGAGAUGGAGCAGUGGGAAAAACAUGUGUGUUGAUUUCCUAUACGACAAAUAAAUUUCCAAGUGAAUAUGUACCUACGGUGUUUGAUAACUAUGCAGUCACUGUGAUGAUUGGUGGAGAGCCAUUCACAUUAGGGUUGUUUGAUACAGCAGGUCAAGAAGAUUAUGACCGACUGAGACCUCUUUCCUACCCACAGACAGAUGUUUUCCUUGUAUGUUUUUCUGUAGUGUCACCGUCUUCUUUUGAAAAUGUUAAGGAAAAGUGGGUACCUGAGAUCACACAUCACUGUCCAAAGACUCCUUUUCUUCUUGUUGGUACACAAGUGGACUUGCGGGAUGAUGCGGGAACAAUAGAAAAACUGACCAAGAACAAGCAGAAACCCAUAGCUGUUGAGGUUGCAGAGAAGUUGACACGGGAACUAAAAGCUGUUAAGUAUGUAGAGUGUUCGGCCCUGACUCAGAAAGGCUUGAAAAAUGUCUUUGAUGAAGCUAUUCUGGCUGCAAUAGAGCCUCCAGAACCACCAAAGAAGAAACUUUGCACCUUACUUUAAGAGUUGAAUUGAAUAGGGACAGACUCAGGAAAUUAUCUUGACCUUUUUACAACCUCACAUCUGUUUUCUCCAUAACAUUCUUCCUACAUUCCCAUAGUGCUGGCAAAGAAAAUUUGUUUAACAAUCAAGAGGUUCUUUAGGUGGUGACCAUUUCCUUUAUUCUCAUGACCUUAACCUGUGAUUCAAGUCUGAUAUUGUGAGGAGAAAUUAGAUGUUGGUCACUCUUAUGGUUAAAGGGUCAACUGUGGUGAGUGACCAAGACAGAAUUUCUUUUUACAUUAUCAAGCAGACAAGCGAUGAGUGAAGAAAAAUAUCGAUUUGGAAAUUAUUUACUGAUCCAAUACCAAAUUCUCCAAACCAACAUUAUAAGAAUUGUAUGACAGAGUAAGCAGAAUUACUUGUUAGAUCUUGGGAGCAAAAGGGUCAAGAGAUAUUCUCCUGCCUGGCGUCUAAUCGGCACACUGAAAAUCUAUUUGAAAGUUUAACUGUCAAACUCAGAAAACCUCAACAGCUUGAGCAUCAGGAUGUUUGUGAAGUAGUAUAUUUUCUGAGGGAAAGAAAGGAACCAGAGCUAAGGUGGGGAAAAGUGUUAGCAGCAAUCGUUUGUUUAUUGGGGGGUGUAGUUAGAACAAUUUUCAAUUGAGUUUUGAAGGAUAACGUGCAUGGAUCUCGCUCGACUUUACCCUAUAACAGGUCCAUUCUCUCAACCAAUCAGAUGCGAAACGGAAAACAAUGGCAACCUGAUGAUUGGCAUUUUCUUGCACUUCCCUUUGAGUCCUCAUUGGCUAUUGAUAAUGUAACCCUUUGUUCUGAUUGGUUGCUGGGAUCACCAUUUCCAUUUUUCAACACUCAAUUGAAACUUGCCCCAUCUUCUAUGUGAUUUCUUGUCACAGUAUAAACCUUAAAUUUACCCACAAAAUAUCUUUGGUACUCAGGUUUUCCAAAGUUUGGUGUAAAUUUUUUUGUUUUUUUGAUUCAAUCUUAUUUUCUUUUUAUUUCUCUGCAAACUGAGUUGCCUGGCAGCAUUAAGAAAGUGAACUCAACAUGCAAAAAUUUUUUGAAAAGCGGUGGCUAUGGCUUUUUGGUUCUUUUGCUGUCCAAGACUGUAGAAAAGAAUCAGACUGGGUCAAUUUGAAAGUUGUUGACUGGUAAUGAAAAUGUUUAUGAUAAUGUCCAGUUAAACCAAUAUUUCUAACAAUUUACUAUAAGGAAUUUUUGUUAAAAUAUUACAAUAGGUAGUACCAUAAUCAGCAUACUAAGCAUCUUUUGUAAAAUAAAAUUUCUUUUUAAAUCUUUUGGAACAUUUAAAAUAUAUAUCAACAUUUGGUUUUAUUGUUUCUACAUAUCUUCAGGCAACAUGGAGAUUUGAUAUGAACAUGCAUGUUCUAUUUAAACAUCUAUAAUUAAAAACACCUUACAGCAGAGGAAGGUGAAAGUUUAUACAUUGCUUGAUUGCUUUGAGAUAAUAGAGUAAUACGAUUUUUAAGGUGUUUUUUUUUUUUUUUUCUCACAAGCUCAGAUGGAAGGAUGGCCAUGAAUAUAUCUUGUUUUAGGGGGAUAUGUAAAAAUUUAUUUGUACCAAGGCAGGCAGGUGAAUUUUGUUAAACAGAACUUUGCAAACCAGUAUCCCCUCACUCAAUAAAAAUGGAGUUAUCUUCCCCUCCCUUGUAUCUGUGUGAGAUUGAAGAGAAAAGUAACUGUGAAAUACAGUUUUUGAUGUGUAAAACAUUGGAAAAGAAAAAGCAGGAAAAAAAUUAGACAAUUAAAAAGAAUACUGAUAUCUAAAAUUAAGUUUCAAAAUACAAAUCAUUCAAUUUAUUAACCACAAAAAGUAUACAAAUGUUUAAAAUAGGUAUUUUACAUUUUGUAUGAUAACAUAAUGUAGUUUUAUUUACUUAAGAGGACAGCGAUGUUAUUGGAUGAGAAAUUUUUCAAAAAUAAAAGUGAAAUAUCAGAGAGA